AUGGGGCGAGGUACAAACAAUGUAAUUGGGGAUAAAAUAUCUCUUAUUAUUAUUAUUAUUAUUAUUAUUAUUAUUAUUAUUAUUAUUAUGAGUUUCAAACUUAUUAUUAUUACUAGCGCUAGGCGGGAGAUGUGUGUAAAAGCAGCGCUGAUCAAGCAGAAGGAGGCGACAGAAGAGGCGGAGAGGAAGAGCAUGAGCAAGAGCGUGGCGGUGGCUAAUGCAAGCCACGAGGUGCGGACUGCUCUUGCAGGGAUUACUGGUUUGAUUCAGAUGUGUCGCACUGAUGCCAUUGCUCAUUCUAAACUCAACGAUAAUCUCAAGCACAUGGAAUCAUGCACCAAUGAUCUCUACAGUUUAUUGAAUUCAAUUCUUGAUGCUAGCAAGAUAGAAGCAGGGAAGAUGCAGGUUGAAGAAGAAGAGUUUGAUUUGCAGGAACUGCUAGAAGAUGUGGUGGAUCUGUAUUAUCCUCUGGGUAUGAAGAAGGGAGUAGACGUGAUACUGGAUCCGUGUGAUGAGUCGGUGGAAAAGUUUAGGCGUGUGAGAGGGGACAGAGGCAAACUCAAACAAGUUCUGUGUAAUUUGUUGUAUAACGCCAUUAAGUUCACGGAUGAGGGCUACGUUACUCUUCGUGUUUGGGCAAGAAAACCUUCUCCUCUUCCUCCUCCUCCUUCGAAAGCCGAAGUAGCUUCUUCUAUUUCUUCUAUGACCAUUUUAAAAGGCUGUUUCUUUUGCGAUGCUGUUGCAAUAACUAUAGGAGGUGAUGAAGAAGAAGGAGUAAAUAAUAAUUUGGUGUUUCAAAGAAAAGAUGGUGUGAUGGAGUACAUAUUUAAGGUGGUGGAUACAGGGAAAGGGAUUCCCAAGGAGAAAAGGAAGACAGUGUUCGAGAACUAUGCUCAGGUGAAAGAAACUAGCGAACAUCAAUUAGGGCAUGGAUUAGGGCUUGGGAUAGCUCAGUCCCUAGUGUGGUUAAUGGGUGGUGGGAUUGGGAUUGAGGACAAGGAAAUCGGGGAAAGAGGGACUUGUUUUAGGUUCAACAUAUUCUUGGACAAUAUUAUUAUUAAUAAUAGUUGUUGUGUUCAUGCAUUGCGAGGAAAGGGGUAA